AUGGCUGGAGAUACAGUGGUUCAAUUGUUUGCCUUAUGUGCUACCUCUUCAUUCUUUUACAUAUCUCAAACUCUUGAACGCCAUUCUCUAACAGAAAGUCCGAGACUAUCAUCAUUUCUUGUAUUUAUGCUCUCCGGAAUAGCAUGCUAUGGAGUCAGUUGUAUAACCAAGUGGUUUCCUGGCGCAGACGGACGCUUCACAACACGUCGCCAGGGUUCUUUACUUGACGGUGCACAUGAUGCUCGAAGGGGGCAGAACACACAUCUUCCUGGAAGGCCGAGAAGACUGUCCCUUCCAAUGCUUGUAUUAUGUAUUGUAUUGAGAUUGGAAAUUUUUCAUCGCGUCAACUAUCAGCAACAAUGUGCAACUCCUGGCCUCGAGUCUUUUCUACCACUACUCUUCUUCGCUUAUGAAAUCUUCACUUCUCGAAGGAAAUGGGGCUUUCCACCACCAGAAGACCCUGAUGACCCCUGGCGUUCAUGCUUUGAUGACUUGGUCGACUGGUUCAGUGGCCCAAGAGUUAUGCUCAGUAUGGCGGUGUCUAGUCUCGUGGUGUUUUCUACAGGCACAUACUACGCCACAGGCCGCAUAACACGCUCCACGUACUAUUGCUUUGAACUACUCGAGAGCAAGCGGUCAACCCUUGCUUUGCAGUGUAUGGGACUUGUGCUUGAUGCCAUCAUCGUGAUUCUUCUUUGGCGCUUGCUCGCUUGGUCACGCACCGCGAAGCUGCGUUUACGAACUUUGGGUACAGUCUUGACCCUCUCUUCGAUAUCGAUGAGUCUUGUGUGGGUAGGGAGCAGGCUUUUCAGGGGAUCGUCUGUGCUUCACGCUGGGUUCGGCUUUCUCUACGGAUUUGAUAUCAUCGUCGACAGUGUUGCCUUUGCGGCACUCAUGAUCUCAGCUACGUUCUGGGUCUGCGAGACAUCACCACUUACACCAUCCGCUAUCAUCACUUUUCUGGUGGGAACAGCAAAGGCCUGUCAUAACAUCUUCCACUACGGUGAAUACCUUCACCCUACACGCCUUAAUGAGAUCACCCCACUUUACUUCAUUGCUUUCGGCAUGAUCAUCUUUACAUACACUCAUGGUAUUCAAUCUGUCAUCUUCAUCAGAAGAUUCGUUCUCAUGGCUCUUCUCGUUGGCCUUGUUGUGGGCACUACUGUGUUCAUUGCCAAGUCGGAUCCGCAGACUUUUAAGCGUCAUCCUGUCAAUGACUUCAUUUACAGAGCCAAUAUCAGGCAAGACCGUUGGAUGCAGGAAGCGAGCACAAGUGGGAGUCUUCCCAUUGCUCACAAGAUCUAUAAGGAACGACAUGAAGGACGGGAUCCUCCCCCGGCAUUUGCAGAUUGGUAUGACCUGGCUAAGGAUACUGUGGUCAUUGAUAAAUUCGAUCAGAUCGACCAAGAUUUGGCCCCCUUCCGAGCUAUCCCACCCAACAAGCUUCGGCAACGAGCUUCCAUUUUGUCUCAAAUGCCUGGCAUCCAUACUAUCGGUAUCAAGGACGGUAAUGCAUCGAGGCUACCUGAAGUCACUGGCCAUGAUGCCAAGGUGCUGGACGGCCUCGUCUUAACCAUCAACAAGUUUGCUAAAUUUCUCCCUGACAUGCUCUUUCCCGUUAACCUGGGAAUUACACCACGGAUUCUUCCAUCAUGGGAGACAGCGAAUGGGCACAACAGGGCUGACCUGACCCCAAUCGUCAAUCUGAUAUCGAAGAGGGCAGCCAAAGAAGAUGACGCAGACCAGGUUGAGGAGGCCAGAUCUGCAGAGACUCCUGUGGCCGCUCCUUUGCCAGCGCUGCCGGAUCAUCCCCAAAUCAAGAAGCCCUCCUUGAUAAGCCCAGCCAACUAUCGCCAGAUGCAGGUUGAAGCAUGCCCCCCCGGCUCACGAACUCGAACCAACCCGCACUGGAACAUUGGAGAAUUUUGCGCCGAUUGUGUACGAAGGCACUCGAAAGCGCAACUCAUGGUCAACUGGGAACGAUCACUUCAGUACUGCUUCCAGCCUGAUCUCAAGUACCUCCAUGGUAUGUCUCUCUCGAGUCCUCAUGCGGAACCAAUCAGGGACCUUUUGCCAUUAUUUGGGUUCUCCAAGUCGGAACCGUUCAAUGACAUCCUAAUACCUCCUCCACAGGAAGAUGACGACAGACUUGACAUAGGCUGGAACUUUGACCGUCGCUACGACGCCAUGUUUUGGCGUGGUCAAACUGACAAUGGCGUUAUUUCAGACCAGGCCUUGCGUGGCAAUCACAAAUUUCGGCUCCUUCAUAUGCUGGGAAAUCAAAAUCCCGAUGACAAGGUAUCAAUGGUUCUUCCGACGGCAAAAGACCCAUCAGUAUAUCGACAUGAAAAGGUACCAAUUACGGAAGCAAAUCUUGUCCUCCCAUCGAGUGUCGGCAUGAACAAUUACACAGGCUGUAUGGGUCCCAAUUGUGAGCUUCUUCAUCAGACUUAUCCCAUCGUCAACGAGGCUCAGGACCAGGAGCCCCUCGAAUACCGCUAUAUCCUCCUCUUGGACAAGGACUACGGGCCGUCACCCGACCUUCUCCGCGUGCUCCGCUCAAAGAGCGUACCUUUUAUCUCCACCAUCUUCCGUACGUGGUAUAGCGAUCGCCUGAUUCCCUGGCUACAUUUCGUGCCCAUCGAUACGCGUUAUCAGGGUUUGCACACCACCCUGACAUACUUUACUGGUACACAGAAGAAAGCAUACCUCAACGGGCGCGAUACUGACAUGAAGGGGCUGGCCAAGGAUGGGGCCUGGAUUGCACAGCAGGGUGCCAAGUGGGCAAACCAAGCGUUAGGAGAAAAGGAUAAAGAAGUCUACCUCUUCAGACUACUGCUUGAAUGGGCGAGGUUGGUUGAUGACAAACGUGAUGAGAUCGGGACAAGUAAGAAUGAUAAGGGCGAGCUUGUGAGCUCUCCAUGGACAAAGAAUCAGAAGUGGUGA